CUGAGCGCGGGCGAGCGAGGCACUAAGGCGAGGCUGCCACACACACACACGCACAUACACACCGUCCUGCGGAAGAGAAAGACAGAGAGAGAGAGAGAGAGAGGCGAGCGGUGUACGGGACGUAACCACUUAGUUGCUGUUCAGCUGGUUUGAAGGCAUACGACUUUUGUCCCCCCUCCCCUUGUCUUUGAAAACGGAUUGGUUUUGAAGUGAACAGCAUCCAAUCUCAGCACGUAGCCUAUAGCUACCCAACUCCGGAGAGGAGAGGCAGGGGGGCCGGUAGAGGACAGCUUGCGCUUCUCAAAGCUACUACAAGACAUGUCACUGCUCUGUGUCGGGGUGAAAAAAGCCAAGUUUGAUGGACCCCAAGAGAAGUUUAACACCUACGUGACACUGAAGGUCCAAAAUGUGAAGAGCACCACUAUCGCAGUCCGCGGCAACCUGCCCAGCUGGGAGCAGGACUUCAUGUUUGAGAUCAACCGGUUGGAUCUGGGCCUGACGGUGGAGGUGUGGAAUAAGGGGCUGAUCUGGGACACCAUGGUGGGCACGGUCUGGAUCCCGCUCCACAGCAUACGCCAGUCCAAUGAGGAGGGCCCAGGGGAGUGGCUGACUCUGGACUCCCAGGUCAUCAUGGCCGACAACGAGAUCUGCGGAACUAAAGAACCCACGUUCCACCGCGUUCUGCUGGACACACGCUUCGAGCUGCCACUGGACAUCCCAGAGGAGGAGGCUCGAUACUGGGCUAAAAAACUGGAACAGCUCAACGCCAUGAGGGACCAGGAUGUUGAACAGGAGAGACCACUACCGGUACCAGGCACACAAUGCUGUAAUUGGAGUCUAUGGGGAGACCAGCAAAACGAGGACCCGGACAGCGCGGUGGACGACCGGGACAGUGACUACCGCAGCGAGACCAGUAACAGCAUCCCGCCGCCCUUCUACACCACGUCCCAGCCCAACGCCUCCGUCCACCAGUACCCCAUGGGCCACAGCCACCGCAGCUCCACCCGAGACUCCUACUCCCGCUCCACCAACAGCUGCGACCUCGACUACGACCAGCACAGGGCCAUCAGUCCCACUGGUAGCUAUGCUUCGUCUGCGGAGCUGAGUCGCUGCAGCUCCCAACUGAGCGAGGAGUUCGCCGGCGACUAUGGCGAGCGCGAACUCUACGACGAGAAUGACUCCUACCACUCCUGCCACUCGUCCGUCAGCUACAGCAAGGGCUCGCCCGACUGGGACCCCGAUGAGACGCACGUCGCCGGUGCCUACUCGGACGAGGGUGGCUACAGCAAAGAUGGCGGAGAGGAAGGUGCACUGUACGAGGAGGAGGACGGUGACCUCCUCUAUGGUGCGGACAAUCUCUACGAGGGCGAGGAGGAGGAGGUCAUGUACGAGGAUGAGGAGCUGGACUACCCGCUGGACGGCACGCUCAGUGAGGACCAGGAGCCGCCCUACACACCCACGCCCACCGGCACCGCGUCCAGGACGCUCGACGUGCCCCCAGGCGGCACCACCAACACUUCCGCUGUCAACGCCGCCGCCUCUAGGCCCCCACUGGAGAAGCAGGCCUCCAUGCACGAGCCCCACCCUCCACAAGGGCCAACUGCCCCAGGCCAGCCUCCUGCACAGAACCAGGCCCAGGCCCAGGGCCCAGCCCAGCCCGGACCCCCUCGCACUGCCCAGCCUCAGCAGUCCACCAAGCCCCCCACCCAGGCUGCGCCGCCACCACAGCCGACCUCCACGGGUCCCAUCCCCUCCGUCCAGUCCUUCUUCGCCAUGGCCAAGCCGCUAGCCGGGGUGUUCGGUCUGGGCAUGUCCUCUAGCCCUCCCCAGCCCUCGGCACCUGCUCCCAAACCUGCCGCCCCAGCAGGCCAGCCUCCACCUAUAGCCCAGCAGCAGCAGCAGCAGGCUCCACCAGGCGCUAAUGCUGGACCAGCUGCCCAAGCUAAUGCAGCUCCUGGUGGGCCUGGUGGUCCAGGGCUGCCCACUGGUGGUCAGUUGAAACCCACAGGCUCCACAGGCCAGCUGGCUCCAGCCCAGGGCUCCCCAGCUGGACAGGGAUCCGUGGGGCCCACGACAGCUAAACCCACCACUCCUCCCUCGGAGGAAUCCCAGUUCAGAGAGGAGCCCCCUCUAACUGAUGAGCCGCCUCUCACAGAUGAGCUACCGCCCCUGGAGGAGGAGGAGGAGUACCCGCCGGAGCUAAGGGAAAGCCCCCUUCAAUCCCCUACAGCAGAUGCUGAGGCUGAGCCACAACCGGAACCAGAGAGUGAGCCGGUGCCAGAGGAGCCACGGGAGCCCGUGGACCCUGCGGUCCGUGCUAAAGAGAACUGGCUAAGGAUCUUCAACAAGGUCCGCCAGCAGCUGCAGGAGGAACGUGGAGAAACUUCCCAGUCUCUGUGGUUUAAAGGGGGCAUGAUGGGAGGGGCAUUAUACAGUAUUGACAGCAUGCCGGACCUGCGCAAGAGGAAGGCCAUCCCACUGGUCAGAGACCUGGCAUCAGGGAUCAUGUCUCUAGUCCAGAACUCACGCAAAGCAGGCAUCACCUCUGCCAUGGCCAGCAGCACUCUAAACAAUGAGGAACUGAAGAGCCAUGUGUACAAGAAGACACUGCAGGCUCUGAUCUACCCCAUCUCCUGCACCACGCCACACAACUUCGAGGUGUGGACGGCCACCACGCCCACCUACUGCUACGAGUGCGAGGGCCUGCUAUGGGGCAUCGCCCGCCAGGGCAUGCGCUGCUCCGAGUGCGGCGUCAAGUGCCACGACAAGUGCCAGGACCUGCUCAACGCAGACUGCCUACAGAGAGCAGCGGAGAAGAGUUCUAAGCACGGUGCGGAGGACCGGACACAGAACAUCAUCAUGGUUCUGAAGGACCGCAUGAAGAUCCGUGAGCGGAACAAGCCGGAGAUCUUCGAGCUCAUUCAGGAGGUGUUCGCCGUGGAGAAGGGAAUCCAUGGAGCGCAGAUGAAAACAACCAAACAGAGUGUGCUCGAUGGGACCUCCAAGUGGUCCGCCAAGAUCAGCAUCACAGUGGCGUGUGCACAGGGUCUGCAGGCGAAGGAUAAGACCGGCUCCAGUGACCCCUAUGUGACCGUACAGGUGGGCAAGACCAAGAAGAGGACCAAGACCAUCUACGGCAACCUCAAUCCAGUCUGGGAUGAGAGCUUCCAUUUUGAGUGCCAUAACUCGUCCGACCGUAUUAAAGUGCGUGUGUGGGACGAGGACGAUGACAUCAAGUCCCGUGUGAAGCAACGCUUCAAGAGGGAGUCUGACGACUUCCUGGGUCAGACCAUCAUCGAGGUGCGCACCCUCAGCGGAGAGAUGGACGUCUGGUACAACCUUGAUAAGCGUACUGAUAAGUCAGCUGUGUCUGGAGCAAUCAGGAUGCACAUCAAUGUGGAGAUCAAAGGAGAAGAGACUGUGUCCCCCUACCAUGUGCAGUACACAUGUCUACAUGAGCACAUCUUCCACUACAUGACGGAGGAGAAGAAUGCUGGGGCAGUGGUCAUCCCAGACGCUAAGGGCGAUGACGCCUGGAAGGUGUACUACGACGAGACGGCACAGGAGAUUGUGGACGAGUUCGCCAUGCGCUACGGUGUAGAGUCCAUCUACCAGGCCAUGACUCAUUUUGCGUGCCUGUCAUCUAAGUACAUGUGCCCGGGUGUCCCUGCGGUCAUGAGCACGCUACUGGCCAACAUCAAUGCCUACUACGCCCACACCACCCAGUCCUCCAACAAUGUCUCUGCCUCCGACCGCUUCGCUGCGUCCAACUUCGGGAAAGAGAGGUUUGUGAAGCUCCUGGAUCAACUGCACAACUCCCUGAGGAUUGACCUCUCCAUGUACAGGAAUAAUUUCCCUGCCAGUAGUCCAGAGAGACUGCAGGAUCUGAAGUCCACAGUAGACCUGCUGACCAGUAUCACCUUCUUCAGGAUGAAGGUCCAGGAGCUGCAGAGUCCCCCAAGGGCGAGCCAGGUGGUAAAGGACUGUGUGAAGGCCUGUCUCAACUCCACCUACGAGUACAUCUUCAACAACUGCCACGAGCUUUACGGCCGGGAGUACCAGACCGACCCGUCAAAGUCGGCUUCUUCUGAGGAGCAGGGACCCAGCAUCAAGAACCUGGACUUCUGGUCCAAACUAAUCACCCUCAUCGUGUCCAUCAUUGAGGAAGACAAGAACUCAUACACACCCUGCCUCAACCAGUUCCCUCAGGAGCUCAAUGUGGGGAAGAUCAGCGCUGAAGUGAUGUGGAACAUGUUUGCUCAGGACAUGAGAUAUGCCAUGGAGGAGCAUGAGAAGAACCGUCUGUGUAAAAGUGCUGACUACAUGAAUCUGCACUUUAAAGUCAAGUGGCUCUAUAACGAGUACUGUAAGGAGCUGACCACCUUCCAGAAAAGGGUUCCAGAGUAUCCUGCGUGGUUCGAGCCAUUCGUCAUCAUGUGGUUGGAUGAGAAUGAAGAAGUGUCCAGAGAUUUCCUCCAUGGGGCCUUAGUGAGGGACCAGAAGGAUGGAUUCCAGGUGACGUCCGAGCACGCUCUGUUCUCCUGCUCUGUGGUGGACGUCUUCUCCCAGCUGAACCAGAGCUUUGAGAUCAUCCGCAAGCUAGAGUGCCCUGACCCACAGAUUGUGGGCACCUACAUGAAGAGAUUCGCCAAGACAAUUGGCAAUGUCCUUCUAUCCUAUGCUGACAUCAUCACCAAGGACUUCCCUAAUCACUGUUCCAAGGAGAAAGUGCCUUGCAUCAUCAUCAAUAACAUCCAGCAGCUCCGAGUUCAACUGGAGAAGAUGUUUGAAGCCAUGGGAGGAAAAGAUCUGAACGUGGAGGCCAGUGACUUUUUGAAGGAGCUGCAGGUGAAGUUGAAUAAUGUGAUGGAUGACCUCAGCCGAGUUUUUGCUGUCAGUUUCCAGCCCCACAUCGAGGAGAAGGUGCGUGAGAUGGGAGACAUCCUGAGCCAGGUGAAGGGCACCAAUGUCCCUGCCAAUGGCAACGGCAGCAUUGCCACAGAUGCAGACAACGUGCUCCAGCCCAUCAUGGACUUCCUGGACAGCAAUCUGUCUCUGUUUGCUAAGAUUUGUGAAAAGACAGUACUGAAGAGAGUCCUUAAGGAGCUGUGGAAGUUGGUCAUGAACACCAUGGAGAAAACCGUUGUGCUGCCCCAACUCACUGACCAAACGGGCACACAACUCAUCUUUAAUGCUGCCAAGGAGCUGGGUCAGCUCUCCAAACUCAAGGAGCACAUGGGACGAGAGGAGGCCAAAGCCCUGUCACCCAAACAGUGUGCGGUCAUCGAGCUCGCCCUGGACACUAUCAAGCAAUACUUCCAUGCGGGUGGAGUGGGUCUGAAGAAGACCUUCCUGGAGAAGAGCCCUGACCUGCAGUCUCUGCGCUACGCCCUGUCCCUCUACACGCAGGCCACCGACAAGCUCAUCCGCAAGUUCAUCCAGUCGCAGCACACUCAGGUCCAUGGAGGUAAAGGUAAAAGGUACACAGCCAACGAGGAGACUUUACCAGAGAAAGCCUCAGGAGUGGAUGACCAGGUUGGAGAAGUCUGCAUGAAUGUAGAGCUCUUCACCGACCCAGGAAAUGGAGCCAACAAGAUCAACAUCAAAGUGGUGUCAGCCAAUGACCUGCGCUGGCAGACCCGUCCGUUCCGUCCAUUCGUUGAGGUCUACAUCAUUGGUCCUCACCUGAGCGAUAAGAAGCGCAAGUUUGCCACCAAGUCCAAGAACAACAGCUGGUCGCCCAAGUUCGCUGAAACCUACCAGUUUACCCUGGGUACAGAGCUGGGCCCGGAGGACUAUGAGAUGCAGGUGGCGGUGAAGGACUACUGCUUUGCGCGGGAGGACCGUACAGUGGGCAUGACCGUGCUGCAGCUGAGGGAGCUUUCGUCACGCGGCAGCGCCACCUGCUGGCUGCCGCUGGGCAAGCGUGUGCACAUGGACGAGACCGGCCUCACCGUGCUACGCAUCCUCUCGCAGCGAAACAACGACGAGGUUGCCAAGGAGUUCGUCAAGCUCAAGUCUGACCAGCGCUCUGCCGAGGAGGGACGCGCCAGCUAAGGGGCAACCGUCGCCACAGCAACAAGACCCCCCAGCCAUGCCCAUCACCUGAUGGACGGCCCAAUGACCUUUGACCUUUCUUGAUGCCACCCCCGAACUCCCCGCACCUUACGUUACCCCUGAUUCCACACCACUGGGUUCUGUUGGGGUCGGGGGUGGGACAGGACAAGAGGGCUCAAAAGGUCAUAUCUGCCCCUGGCAACAUUCGAGAAUAUGUGCAAUACACAUGUGGAUGCAUUCUCUAUCUCUCUCACACACACACACACAUUCACACAUGGACACGCGCUACGCACACACACACACCAGUGGAGCUCAGCUCAGUAAGUCAGUGCACCAUCUCAGUUGAGAAUGGGUUGCCAUGGCAAUACUUUAAUCCCUGUAUUUUAUAAAUAGAUUUAUUUGUUUUCUUUAUUCUUUGACUUCUUUUAAUCACAGGGCUACUACCAUUAUGAGUUAACAACAAACAUUGAUAAAGAAUUAAUAAUUAUUUAAUAAAUACAAGCCACUCUCCAGCUAUUAACAUCUGCUAAUAAUAAUAAUAUGUUAAUAACUGGGGUGCCACUCAGCUUGCUGUCUGGCACUGAAAUGUAACUAGCAAUGAGUGUGUGUCUCUCUCUCUCCUGAGCACUGUGGACGGCCCAGCACUCUGGCUCCCCGCACACUACCGCCCCUCUGCCCUCUGGACCCUCCUGCUUCGGACUGCUCUGCCUCAAGCACAGAAACACACCCGCUCCUGCCAGUGCCCCGAUUCCCCACCCUCUGGACACACACACAUAUACUGAACUCUCAAACCACUUCCUGAAAAAGAACCCUAGGGGUGGGACUUUUAUUUUGACAGAAAAUGUACUUGGCCUUUUUUUUUGCAUGUUCUAUGGUAUAGCCACAGCCUUGCCACAUCCUGUGUGUUCUCUCUUGUCUGUGUUUGUGUGUGUGUGUGUGUGUGUGUGUGUGUUCUCUCUGUGCUGUUCUUCUCUGUUAAUUAAUGUCCUUCAACAUUGUGUCUUUUUUCACCUGCUGGUUUGCUUCCUCAUGACACAUACACACACACACUUUAUUAUAUCUCUACUAAAUCUCUUGUUCUUGUACAGACACACACACACACACACACACACACACACACACACAC